AUGUCUUACAGCAGAAGGGGGUCUGAUCCGCCACCGCAGAGGCGGAUACUGCGGACUCAGACUGCUGGGAAUUUGGGGGCAGACCCAAUCUUGGACAGUGAAGUGGUGCCUUCCUCACUAGUUGAGAUAGCUCCCAUUCUUCGUGUUGCUAAUGAAGUAGAGGCUAGCAACCCAAGGGUUGCUUAUCUCUGUCAACUGGUAACUGCUCCUCAUGUAGCUCACAAUUUGUAUGAGACUGCUGUCAUGAGUCGAUUUUAUGCCUUUGAAAAGGCUCAUAGAUUAGAUCCCACAUCUAGCGGCCGUGGUGUUCGACAGUUCAAAACUGCUCUUCUUCAACGUCUAGAAAGGGAAAAUGACACAACAUUGCAAGGAAGAGUUAAGAGUGAUGCUCGGGAAAUGCAAAACUUUUAUCAGCAUUAUUACAAAAAGUAUAUUCAAGCGUUACAGAAUGCUGCUGACAAGGACCGUGCCCAACUCACAAAAGCAUACCAAACUGCUGCUGUUUUAUUUGAGGUCUUGAAGGCAGUUAAUCAGACAGAGGCAGUUGAUGUAGCUGAAGAGAUUUUGGAGGCUCAUACUAAGGUCGAGGAAAACAAGCAGUUAUAUGCCCCAUAUAAUAUUCUGCCUCUUGAUCCUGAAAGUGGGAAAGAAGCUAUAAUGAGAUAUCCUGAGAUUCAAGCAGCUGUGUCUGCACUCCGUAAUAUAAGGGGUUUGCCUUGGCCAAAGGGUCAUGGGGACAAGAACAAAUUAAAUCAAGACAUCCUUGACUGGCUUCAGCUUAUGUUUGGUUUCCAGAAAGGCAACGUGGAAAAUCAAAGGGAACACUUGAUUCUUUUGCUCGCCAAUGUACAUAUAAGACAAGUUCCAAGACCUGAUCAACCACCAAAGGUUACCAACUAUUCAACAGGAGGUGCAACAGCGCAAAUUACUGUACAUGGGUCUAUAUCUUCUUAUAUGGGGUGA